AUGGCCGGCGGUAACGAUGGCGGCGGUAACGGCGGAGAGAAGACGUACUUUGAGCAGCAGCGCGAGAUGCUGGUCGGCGAAGUCGCGCAGAACCUGGAGGCCGUGCUGCAGAACAUCAACAAGCUGAACCGGAGCCUGGAGGGCAUUAUCGCCGUUGGUAACGAAUUUGGCUCCGUAGAAGCUUUGUGGUCACAGUUUGAGAAUGUCAUGGCGAGAGACCCCAACACUGCCGCCGCUGAGGGCCAAGGAGAAGGCGACCAAGGUGCAGAAGACACGACCGUCCUACAGGAGAAGCCGUGA